CAUGUUGGUUCUACGUGACCUUCGUUGAUACAACAAACCCCGUCCAGACACAGAGCCCGAAUGGCUGGAGUUGCUUUCCUGUGCAAUCUUUUAAAAACGUUGCAAGCUCUCACUGACUUCUGCAAAAAUGGCUACUAAACCCUUCAGGCCAGAGGAAGCACAUAGGAUCAUCCAGGAUCUGCACAGGCCAGCAGUUUUCCUCAACAUGACCGAUAACUGGCCUGCGCGAGACUGGAAUCUGGAACAUCUGGCACUUUGUCUGGAGGAGAAGUCUGUACGUUUCCGUAUUGGGAAGCAGUGUGAACAGAAGGCUCCUCUCUUUGAAACAGAGUGCUCAUAUGUUGAAGCAACUCUUGCAGAGUUUCUGUGCUGGACAAGGGGAGAAGACUCUGCAUCUAAAGGCCCAUUUACUGACUAUCCUCUUUCAGAUUACUGGGCUUAUGCAGACUAUAAGUAUAUUGACCUUCUUUUUCAGGACAAAGCUACCAUGUUAAAGGAUGUAGUGUGGUCUGACUUUGGCUAUCCUGGCCGUGAUGGGAGAGAGAGUACUCUAUGGGUUGGUACAAAUGGUGCGAACACUCCAUGUCACCUGGACACCUACGGAUGCAAUCUUGUCUUCCAAAUCCAAGGCAGAAAACGCUGGCAUCUCUUUUCUCCUGAUGAUGUAGAAUGUAUGUACCCGACACGUAUACCGUAUGAGGAGUCCAGUGUGUUCAGCCAGGUCAGCGUGAUAAGUCCUGACAUGCGCAGAUUCCCUGCUUUCCGAAGAGCCAGGGCCCACCUCGUCACUCUGGAGCCGGGUCAGGUUCUUUUUGUCCCAAGACACUGGUGGCACUAUGUGGAAUCAGUUGACCCAGUAACUGUCAGUGUCAACUCUUGGAUUGAGAUGGAAGUGGACGAUGAAGCCCGAAUAGGAGAAGCUUUGACCAAGACCAUUAUUUGUGCACUAAAGACUAAACCAAGUGUGGAUAACAAAGACAACUGGCUCAAUCCAACAGAGGAUGGGAUCUCUACACAUGAUGAAAACAUGCAGUAUGUGAAUCUAGCAGUAAAGGCUUAUAUGAAUCAUAGGAGUUUUCAUUCUGAAGACUUGGGAAGAUAUGCAGGACAACCCAGGCCCUCAGUGUCGAAGCGGGACUCCGGUGGUCAUUUAAAGAGCCCUUUCACUAAGCCUGUGACCUCAUUCUCAUUGCCCUUUGGACCUCACCUUAUUCCUGUUACUUUGUCUCAAAAAGUCACGGUGACAAAUUGCAAAGAGGCACUGGAUCCAAAAGACACUCCUUCCUACUCUCUUCCCAAAACAAAGCCCCUGCAUACGAAUACACCUGGGAAAGAAGAUGCAAUCAGUGUAUCAGAGGAGGAAGAAGAUGGAAAUGGUGGUGCAGCGUGUGGUCGAAUAUACACUAAUGAUGUGCUAGACUGCCUGCUACAUCCUGAUGUCAUUGCACUUGUUACAAAGCUAAUGAUAAACAGACAGAAAGAGCUUGUCUAAACAAGUCAGAAUGUAAUUUGUACACUGUUUACUUGACACAUAAAAUAUUGAGGUUUAUAAAUGAAUUGCUAACAAAUAUUAGUCAGAAUUAUUAAUAAUAAUUUGAAAGAACAAGGAGCGUAAUUGCUGUCCCAUUAUUACUGAUGUACUGAUUCUUCAUUUAUUUAUGUAAAAGUCAAGGAAAUAGUAAGACAAUGCUGUAUUUCUUGGAAUAUAAAAUGAUAAAGUAUCCCACCUCAUAUCUCACAGAGAUAAAGCUGUAAUAUUCGGUUUUCUACUGGGAACGGUGUCCUUGGGCAGUGGAAAGACAAUGUACAAAGUAUGACUUAUUGUGUAGCCUUGAUGAAAAACAAAGCC